ACUAAACAUGUGUGUGUUUUGCAUUUCCAUGUCAGAUGGUUUAAUAUAUACACCCACCACUUUUCCUUUUUACAUAUAUAGUCUAAUUAAUAGCAUUAACAAAGUUUCUUCGGAUGGGUAUUUGAAAAUCUCCUAACUUGGAGGUAUAUAUGCUCUCUAUCUCUCUUUGCAAUUUUCCCUUUUAGCUUUUUUAGACAUGUUUGUUUAUCAUUCGGAAAAAAAAACAAACAAAGUAUACACACAUUACAAAAGCUGCUCAAGUGGUUUUGUUUCCCCCACACGCGGUUCCAGCAUGUAUGAAGAAUUGAAGACCCUCUAGAUUUUUAAAAUAGGAGUGCUCUAGAUUUUUAUUAAUAGUAUUAUAUAAGUGGGGAAUAUUAUAUACUAAGAGUGUUAGUACAAGGCACUUUGAGUUGUUAGUUUGGGAGGGAGAGGGAGAGGGAGAGGGAGAGGGAGAGAGGAGAAGAAUCUCCGUUGUGGAGUCUGCCUACCAGGCAAUGCAAAGGCAUCAGCAUGCGGGCGGACAGGAGGGACGGUCAGAGUGGCCUCCCCUCCACCCCGACGACGACGCAUGGGCUCCGUCCGUCCGUCCCGUCCCCUUUGCUUGCUUGCUUGCUUCGUGCUCCAGCCUAGUGCUCCGCCGGGCCAGGCCGGACCGGACCACUUGGUCGCAUCCCGAUGCGUUACCGUCCGCCGGUGUCCAUCGUGUCGGUUUCACCCCUGCACUCACUAGCUAGCAUAAAUUCCUGACACCAACAGCGAGCGACGUCGUCGGCUCCUACAAGUCACAAGUGUUCUGACGACUGACCAGCUAGCAAUUCUGGUGCUGCUCUGAUCCGCUGCUAGCUGUUCGCCUCCAGUACGCUACGCUACGCCUUCUCGAUCGUCGUCGUCCACACAGAACAGAAUCCACACGGGCUUGCUGUGCCGCGUAGUACGCAUGUGUACGUAUGCAAACAUAUAGGUAGAGGAAGGGGAGAGAGGCGGCAGCAAAUGCGACGGUCCAAGUCGUACCACAGAAAGAGAAGUGGUUGCGCAUGUGUGCUCAUGUUGCCAUCACCCGGAUGCUAUUAGAUUUCCAGAAAACUAACUUGUGAGGACCCCUGGUGUCUGCUAGCUGCUCUCCAGCCCGUCAAUCAAUUCCCAGACGGACAAGCUCAACCUCAACAACGAUGGCCCGGGGGCCGGGUCACGGUGGAACGGAUCCUCCUCUACACGCAUGGAAAUCAGGCAUGGGAAAUGGAGGAGACCAGGCUCGAUCGGACUGGCAUGGAACACGGCAGGAGCCCCAGUAUUUAUCAUCUGAAAGCUCCUGGUCAUCUUCAAUUAUCAAUCAAUUGCGUGUGUGUGUGCGUGUUACUAUGAGAGACCAAAGAAAAAAAAUAUCCCAAGUAAUCCAUGUCCAUACGAUUAGGCUAACCAAAAGAUCGAACCCAUCUUUGUUUAUGCAUGUCAUGUUUUAUUAAGAGAGAAGAGAGCAGGGCAGUGAGGCAAGGAAAAGAAGGCUCCUUCACAGACACAGAGGCAGAUCAGAUUAGUAGUAUUAGCUCGAAUCCAACAGCAUAUGACCAGGGACCAAAACAUAUGGAUAUCCUGUGGGCUUGGCCAGGGACAGACGCAUGCAAGCCAUGUGAGUGUCUGGGAGAGAUAGGCAUAGCAAUAGCAUAGGCUGAGUCCACUGAUACUGGAACAGAGGAUCCGAUACGGAAACGGCCCCUUUUCUUUCUAUAUCUAUGAGAUGGGUCUCUCAACUCACCUCUGUCGUCUCCAUUAGGCUGUUAACUAGCCAACACAUGUUCCCCCGUUGCUUAAGAUAGGAGCUACAAAGCGAGAACAGCAUGCUCUAAAAAGAAACUUCCGCAAUGCACCACUAGCACAUGUCUGCGCCUGAAUUUGCAACCGGCAAGCAAGCCGGCAGGCAGACAGUCGCCAUACGGUUUUUACCAAACAGCUAGCGCCCGCCCUGGACUCACUAGCUGACCGCCGCACCACACCACCACACAGUUCUUGCAAGGCAAGCUCCUAUAUAGAGAGGCCCCCUCCCUCCCCUGCAUGGACAGCCACCGCCUUCUUCAACCCCCGACCCCCCCUCCGUCUUCCUCCUCGUUGCACCUCAAGAAACUCGCCCGCCACCACGCACCAGGAACCACCCUCUUCUCUCUCUCUCUGCCUUCUUAUUCCAAGCUUCCCAACUGCCCAGCGCCAACCUGCCGAACUCCCAUCCUUUUUGUUGGUUUGUCGAAUUAUAAAUCGAGGAGGAGCUAGCCGGCCGGCCACCAUGAGGCCACCAUCACUGGUGCACUGCUUCAAGCUGCUGGUCCUCCUGGCGCUCGCCAGGUUGACCAUGCACGUCCCCGACGAGGACGUGCUGUCGUCCCUCGGCACGCUGCCCCUCGAUGGCCAUUUCAGCUUCCAUGACGUCUCCGCCAUGGCGCGGGAUUUCGGUAACCAGUGCAGCUUCCUGCCAGCCGCAGUCCUCCACCCCGGCUCGGUCUCCGAUAUCGCCACCACCGUGAGGCACGUCUUCUCCCUGGGCGAGGGAUCACCACUCACUGUCGCGGCACGCGGGCAUGGGCACUCCCUCAUGGGUCAGUCCCAGGCGGCCCAGGGGAUCGUGGUCCGGAUGGAGUCGCUCCGUCGUGGUGCUAGACUCCAGGUCCACGGUGGUGUGUCACCGUUUGUCGAUGCUCCCGGCGGAGAGCUCUGGAUCAACGUGCUGCGUCAGACACUCAAGCACGGCCUGGCACCCAAGUCGUGGACGGACUAUCUCCAUCUCACGGUCGGUGGCACGUUGUCUAAUGCGGGGGUCAGCGGGCAGGCGUUCCGCCACGGACCGCAGGUCAGCAAUGUCAAUCAACUGGAGAUUGUGACAGGAAGAGGAGAUGUCGUUACAUGCUCACCCGAGGAUAACUCUGAUCUCUUCUAUGGUGCUCUUGGCGGUCUUGGUCAGUUCGGGAUCAUCAUCAGAGCAAGGAUUGCACUUGAGCCUGCUCCAAAGAUGGUGAGGUGGAUAAGAGUUCUUUACUCGGAUUUUGAAACCUUCACCGAGGACCAGGAGAUGUUGAUCAUGGCAGAGAACUCCUUUGACUACAUUGAAGGUUUUGUCAUCAUAAACAGGACAGGCAUCCUCAACAACUGGAGGGCGUCCUUCAAGCCACAAGACCCAGUCCAAGCAAGCCAUUUUAAGUCGGAUGGAAGAGUACUAUACUGCCUCGAGCUAACCAAGAACUUCAAUAGUGACGACGCUGAUAUCAUGGAACAGGAAGUUACUGUGGUGCUAUCUCGACUUAGAUUCAUACAGUCUACUCUAUUCCACACCGAUGUCACGUACCUGGAGUUCUUGGACAGGGUCCACACCUCUGAGUUGAAGCUGAGGGCACAAGGCCUCUGGGAAGUUCCACACCCUUGGUUGAAUCUUCUAAUACCGAGGAGCUCAAUCCGCAGAUUUGCUAAGGAAGUCUUUGGCAAGAUCCUGAAAGACAGCAACAAUGGUCCCAUACUGCUUUAUCCAGUGAACAAAUCAAAGUGGGACAACAGAACGUCAGUAGUCAUACCAGAUGAGGAAAUUUUCUACCUAGUGGGAUUCCUUUCUUCAGCACCGUCUCUCUCAGGUCACGGCAGCAUUGCACAUGCAAUGAACCUGAACAACCAAAUAGUAGAGUUCUGUGAAGAGGCUGAUAUUGGGAUGAAACAGUAUCUGGCACCCUACACCACACAGCAGCAGUGGAAAGCCCACUUUGGAGCAAGGUGGGAGACAUUUGAACGGAGGAAACACAGAUAUGAUCCCCUAGCCAUCCUAGCACCAGGACAGAGAAUAUUCCCAAAGGCCUCACUGCCGUUGCCUUUGUGACAGUUCCUGCUAUUUUAAUGCUUCUGUAGAGCAUAAGGUUGUACAAAAGUGUAGGUAAAAGUAUCCCCUGUAAAGACAAUAUCUACGGAAGGUAGCUAGCCUGAAGAACACAGCAUAGCGACAUUUUUAGUGGCCGAAGAUACCUCAAAGCAGUACUUCAAAGUGGCGCAACGUCACCUGAACUCUGACGUGGUGAGUGCAACUUUGGAGGCAAUCACUGGAGGAUUGUAGCGGUCCAAAGGACCCGUCUGUUGUUACAGCGUUGAGAUGAGCUGUGCUGAUCAACUGAUCACUAACCAGUAUCCCGAGGAACUCAUGUUGGGCUGUAUGCAUUUUCCGUUAAAAAAAAGUGCAGAAAGUUGCAUGAGGGUAGAGCCUUGAUUAGCAAAUAACACUGCCUGUUAUUUCACUUGUAACUAGCAUCUCAUCUCAGGAGUGCCUGCGUAAAUUUAGCAGGUUACAUUAGUUUCCAUGAGUCGGGAUAUUAUAUGCUUGUGCAAAAACAAUGAAGUCGUUUAUCAA